GAUCACACCAGAAAAUGACAAGAUAAAAGGAAACUAUUGUUGCUCAAGCACCUCAAGCAUCCUUGAAGCUGAAGAAAUCAAAUAUGGAAGUAAAAUGGUUACCAAAAGACAUUUUCAUGUUAGAAAGUGUGAUCCACAAGAAAACGAAAAUGUGCUUAAACUGGGAAAAUUGGCUAAAGCAGCCUCUAAAUUGCGGGUAGCUGAUGAUCAUUCUGAUGAUGCAAAUACCUAUACCCCAAAGCAAACUAUUGAUUCACCAGUGUCCUAUUCAGAACGAGACGAGAUGACAGAAGUAAUACGUACAAAAUUUGUGGUGGAUGAAACUGAUAUCACCAAUGGGCUUUUUGAUUCAUGCUCAUUGAAGGAAAGGCCCAGUGAGAUUCUGUUAGGGCACCUUGAAAACAAUUACCAAGAUUCUUUGUUUUCAAGAAUUCCAGGAGAGUUUAUCUGUCCUUUGACUGGCCAGUUAUUUAUGGAGCCUGUGACAUUGGAGAGUGGGCAUACGUUCGAGCUAGUGGCUAUCAAAGACAGAUUUAAUCAAGGCAACAGAACCUGUCCUGUGACUGGACAAACAUUGAAUUGUUCACUUAUUCCAGAUACUAAUAUGGUGUUAAAACAUGUUAUCCAUGGAUGGGUGGCAAAUUGCUUUAGGAGCUCCAUCUCUCUUGCCUCAAAGAGCACAUUCAGCCCAUUGAAACAAGUUCGCAACUACAAAUUUGUAUUGUCUGUAUUAAUCAUUGAGCAGAUACUGACUGGCUUUAGCUUAAAGGAAGGGAAGGAAAUCAUUGAGCAUCUUAUUUCUCUUGGAGGUCUGCAAUUUCUCACCAAAAUGUUGGAAAUUGGGAAUUUGGAAGAGAAAUCACGAGCAGCUGAACUUUUGGCUAUGUGCAUACAGGCUGAUGGAUGCUGUAGGAAUCACUUGGCCAUGAAAAUCAGCAAGUUUUCUCUCCUUGAUCUCAUCCAUAGUAAGCAAGUUCAUGCAAGAACCUGUGCAGUGUCGCUUUUGAUUGAAUUAAUCUGUCUACACAGGUUUGUGAGUUAUAUUUGCUUUUAAUUUGAAAAUAUUUAA